UCCAGUCUACUUCACGCUUCUUCUGUUCUUCAGAUCCAAGCUCCUAUAUUUCAGCUGCAGCGUCUAGAAACAGAACCCACGGAAAUGGUCACUUGCUUCCCUUCCGCAGCCAAGAAACUGGGGGUGACAGUGGCCUUGUUUGUCGGAGCAGCUGUGAUCAUGGGUUACGCGGCGCAUCUCUCGUACAUCAACGUCGCUCCUCAACAGGCUCGUACUACAGCUAGGGAUGAGUUCGUCAAGGAACGAAUGAGACGGAAGCAUGGCUAUGGCAAUUGAAAAUGUCUUUUUUCAUCUCCAACCAGUGUACUUAUUUCUUGUUCCUUUCUUACUGCAAGCAGGAUUCUCAUACUACAAUAUAAACUAGCAUAUUCUUUCAGGAGGAAAAAGUCUUUUUUGAACUUUAGAGGAAUGCUAUCAACAUACAUACACAGGGCAGCGCAUGUAAUAGAUUGUUCUGUGAAAUCUGGGAGUUUCCAUUUAGUGAAACGAGCUGCACUUCAGUUUAGGCCAA